GAGGACCACUAUAAAAUAGCGCUCGAUCCCAUCUCUUCACAUCAGUCACAUCUCCUUCACUCUGAAGACCACAACACAAACCCGAAAACCCAAAAUGAAGAUGGUAAUUGUGUUCGCCGCCAUCCUGGCUCUGGCUAUUGCUGCUCCCCAGGGAGACAGGCAACCGGAAGUUGUCGUUGUAAGGGAACUUCAACACAACAACAUUGGAGUGGAUGGCUACCAAUACUAUUACGAACUUUCGGAUGGACAGAAGAAGGAAGAAGCUGCUGAAUUGAGGAACGUUGGAACUGAAAACGAAGCUCUUGUCGUUAGAGGAAGUUUCUCCUGGGUUGAUGCAAAUGGCCAGCUUCACACCGUUGAAUACACCGCCGACGAAAAUGGAUUCCAUCCUAUUGGAUCUGAUAUCCCAGUUUAAAUUUUCCCUUAGUGCAAUAAGUCCGAUUCUAAAUAAAUUUU